AUGACAACUAAGGCAGAAGAUGUCCUCGAAUCUGUAUUGGACGUCAAACCAGAAUUAGACGAAUUCAUGGGAGGAGUAGUCAAUGUUAUAAAUGCAUUAUCACCAACCAUACCAAUGCUCAGCAUUAUCGCUACUCUUAUUAAUGAAAUAUUUACAAUCAAUGAGAAAGCCCAAUUCAACAAAAAAAUUUCCGAAUCUAUAAUUAAUCGCAUUGCUUCUGUCGAUCCAACCAUAAAAUUCUUAAUAUCACGGGCUAAAUGUGAUGAAAAUUUUCGAGAUUUACGACAGCAAAGAUCAUUUAUUAGAUUUCAAGAUUCUUUAAGGAAGAUUAAAGUAUUUGCAGAAGAAUACGAAGCUUGUAUGAGGGAUUUAAGUUUCACAAUGACUAUUGUUUUUGAUGAACAACGAAGAAUUGAUAAUGAUAGUUCAAAUGACAUUCUUGCUGAAAUGGUUAAG